GAACACUCUCUCUCUCUCUCUCUCUCUCUCUCUCCCCCAACACUUUCUUCUCCUCAUCCUACGAAUCUCUUUAAAUCUCAGUAAUCGCACAUUUCCACUUGUCGGUGGAAAUUGUGCAUUCUUCUCUAUACUCUCUGCUUCGUUUCUCUUUCCAAAAUGAAGGUCAUAGACAAAAUUAAUGCCGCACAAGCUGUUGCAAAUGGAGGAGGAGAAGCUAACAAUAGAGUCGUUUUCUCCUUCGAAUUCUUCCCUCCCAAAACGGAAGAUGGUGUUGAUAACCUUUUCGAUAGAAUGGACCGUAUGGUCGCUCACAAUCCAUCUUUUUGCGACAUUACAUGGGGAGCUGGUGGCUCUACUGCAGAUCUGACUCUUGAUAUCGCUAAUAAGAUGCAGAAUAUGAUCUGUGUUGAGACUAUGAUGCAUCUCACUUGCACUAACAUGCCUGUUGAGAAGAUCGACCAUGCUCUUCAAACUAUCAAAUCUAAUGGUAUCCAGAAUGUUCUUGCUCUUCGCGGUGAUCCUCCUCAUGGUCAGGAUAAGUUCGUCCAAGUGGAAGGUGGAUUUGCUUGUGCGCUUGAUCUGGUGAAACAUAUCAGAUCUAAAUAUGGUGACUACUUUGGCAUUACUGUUGCCGGUUAUCCAGAGGCGCACCCUGAUAUGAUUGGAAGUGAUGGGUUGGCUACACCAGAGAAUUACCAAAAAGAUCUAGAGUAUUUGAAGAGAAAGGUUGAUGCUGGAGCUGAUUUGAUUGUAACACAACUAUUCUAUGAUACUGAUGUUUUUCUCAAGUUUGUGAAUGAUUGCCGUCAAAUUGGAAUAAAUUGUCCAAUUGUUCCUGGAAUUAUGCCUAUUAAUAACUACAAGGGCUUCAUAAGAAUGACUGGCUUUUGCAAAACAAAGAUACCAGCUGAGGUUACUGCUGCAUUGGAGCCUAUCAAAGACAAUGAAGAAGCAGUCAGAGCAUAUGGAAUUCACCUUGGAACAGAAAUGUGCAAGAAGAUUUUAGCUCAUGGCAUUAAGACGUUGCACCUUUACACAUUAAACAUGGAGAAAUCUGCAUUGGCAAUAUUACUGAAUCUUGGUUUGAUUGAGGAGUCCAAGAUUAGAAGGCCAUUACCGUGGCGACCGCCAACAAACGUUUUCCGUGUGAAGGAAGAUGUGCGUCCAAUAUUUUGGGCUAAUCGUCCCAAGAGCUACAUAGCUAGAACCUUGGGCUGGGAGCAGUACCCACACGGUCGGUGGGGUGAUUCUAAUAAUCCAUCCUAUGGUGCUUUAACUGACUAUCAGUUCAUGCGACCACGUGCACGUGACAAGAAACUUCAUGAUGAAUGGGCUGUUCCCUUGAAUAGUAUUGAAGAUAUUUGUGAGAAAUUCAAAAAAUUCUGCCUUGGGAAGAUGAAAAGCAGUCCGUGGUCAGAACUAGAUGGCCUUCAACCAGAGACAAAGAUUAUUAAUGAACAGCUGGGCAAGAUCAAUAUGAAGGGAUUCUUGACUAUCAAUAGUCAACCAGCAGUCAAUGGAGAAAAAUCUGAUUCCCUAACUGUUGGUUGGGGAGGACCAGGAGGAUAUGUUUAUCAGAAAGCUUAUUUGGAGUUUUUCUGCUCCCCGAUCAAGCUACAAGAUCUUGUUAACAAGUCCAAAGCUUGGCCUCAAUUGACUUACAUGGCUGUGGACAGGGCAGGAACUGUGGUAUCCAACGUCGGUCCAAAUGAUGUGAAUGCAGUGACAUGGGGAGUCUUCCCAGCAAAGCAGAUUAUCCAACCCACUGUUGUUGAUCCGGCCAGCUUCAAUGUAUGGAAGGAUGAGGCAUUUGAAAUCUGGUCUAGAGGAUGGGCUUCAUUAUACCCAGAGGGUGAUCCAUCCAGAAAGUUGCUUGAAGAGGUGCAGGACAACUACUUUUUGGUUAGCUUGGUAGAUAAUGAUUAUAUCCAUGGCGAUAUUUUUGCAAUUUUUGCAGAUUUAUGAAGUUAGCUGGCAUGGCAGCUCCAUCAGAUAUCUAAGAACUCAUUCAAGGUGUUUGAAUUAUAGCUAUGUGCUUGCUCAAUGUGGUGUUUUAAUAAUAUUAUGUAAUGAUAUAAUUCAUUGGGAUUUUGAUACCUCCCUUGGGUUUAUGGUGCAAAGUCCAUUUGGAUUGCCAAUUAAUUUACUCCUCAAUCUAUAGCCUUAUCAUAUUUAUUUUUACUAUUCUU